AUGUUCACGUUUUGCUCUCUCCAGGGCGCGCAGUCCGAGUCGCUGGCCUCGCAGUCCCUGCUGGAGCUCGACGGCGGCGUCAAGGUGCUCGUGGACCUCGGGUGGGAUGAAUCCUUCGACGUGGCCAAGCUCGAGGAGCUCGAAAAACAGAUCCCGACACUCUCCCUCAUUCUUCUGACGCACGCGACCGCCUCGCACCUCGCCGCCUACGCGCACUGCUGCAAACACAUGCCCCUCUUCACGCGCAUCCCCGUCUACGCGACCCGACCCGUCAUCGACCUCGGCCGAACCCUCACACAGGACCUCUACUCGUCGACUCCCGCCGCGGCCACCACCAUCCCGCCGGCCGCGCUGUCCGAAUCCGGCGUCGGCGCCCCGACCGCGGCUCGGCGUCGGCGGGACGACUUGCUCCUGCAGGCGCCUACCCCCGACGAGAUCGCGCGCUACUUCUCCCUCAUCCAGCCGCUCAAGUACUCGCAGCCGCACCAGCCGCUGCCGUCGCCCUUCUCGCCGCCGCUCAACGGCCUCACCAUCACGGCGUACAACGCGGGCCACACGCUUGGCGGUACCAUCUGGCACAUUCAGCACGGCCUCGAGUCGGUCGUGUAUGCGGUCGACUGGAACCAGGCGCGCGAGAACGUCUUCGCGGGCGCCGCCUGGCUCGGCGGCGCGGGCGGCGGCGGCGCGCAGGUCAUCGAGCAGCUGCGCAAACCCACAGCGCUAGUCUGCAGCAGCCGCGGCGCGGCGCGCAACGCCCAGGCCGGCGGCCGUACAAGGCGCGAUGAACAGCUGCUCGGCGCCGUCCGGGCGGCGGUCGCGAGGGGCGGCACCGUCCUGAUACCGGUCGACUCGAGCGCACGCGUGCUCGAGCUGGCGUACCUGCUGGAGCACGCCUGGCGGGCGGACGCGGUGGCGGACGGCGGUGGCGCGCUCAAGGCGGCGAAGCUCUACCUCGCCGGCCGCAACAUGUCGAGCACCAUGCGCUACGCCCGGAGCAUGCUCGAGUGGAUGGACGACAGCAUCGUGCAGGAGUUUGAGGCGUUUGCGGAGGGACAGAAGAAGACGAAUGGAGCGAGCGAUAAAAAGGUUGGCGGCCCGUUCGACUUUCGAUUCAUGCGCCUGCUGGAUCGCAAAGCGCAGAUUGCGAAGCUUCUCACUACGAUUGUGAAUAACGGCGAAUCGCAAGGGCGCGUCAUCUUGGCUAGCGAUACUAGCAUGGAUUGGGGAUUCUCGAAAGAUUUGCUCAGGGGCCUGGCCGCUGACCCUAACAAUGUUGUGAUCCUCACAGACAAGCCCGGCAUGGCGCAAGAAAACGGCCCUUCGAUUGCGAGAACGCUAUGGAGCCUGUGGAAAGAGCGCAAGGACGGUGUUACGACGGAACGAACGACGAGUGGCGAUACGAUUGAAUAUGUAAAUGCGGGCAGCUACGAUUUAGAGUUUCGGGAUGCUAAGCGUGAGCCGUUGGAGGGCGACGAAUUGACGCUAUAUCAGCAGUGGCUCGCCACGCAACGGCAGUUACAGGCUACGCAACAAACGGUCGGCACCGAUGGGAUGGAGGCAUCCGCCGACGUCGUCGACGACGUGUCCUCAGACUCCUCGUCCGACUCCGAAAACGAAGACGGCCAGCAACAAGGCAAGGCGCUCACCGUGUCUGCCACCCUUGGCCAAGUGGGCCGCAAGAACGUGGUUCUCAAGGACGAGGAUCUCGGCAUCAGCAUCCUGAUCAAGAAGAAGGGUAUCUACGACUUUGACUCGCGCGGGAAGCGUGGCCGCGAGCGGUCGUUCCCCGUCGCGGUGCGCCGAAAGCGCAACGACGACUUUGGCGAGCUGAUCCGCCCCGAGGACUACCUCCGCGCGGAGGAGAAGGAAGAGGACACGGUCGACGGCCCCAACACCGCCGCGGACGACGAAAACCUCGGGAAGAAGCGCAAGUGGGACGACGUCCACGGCACCGGCGCCAACAAGAAGCAACAGAUCAGCCGAGGGGCCGCCGCCCCCGGGGGCGCGUUUGCGGGCGAUGGCGGCGAGGACGGAAACGCGACGGGCCGGCAGGACGGCUUCGAACCCGACGAGCUGGACGACGCCGUGGACGAGGAGGAGCACCAGCAGCUGGACGGCCCCUGCAAGCUGGCGCACACGACGGAGACGCUCACGGUGCGCCUGCGCAUCGCCUACGUCGACCUGAGCGGUCUCCACGACAAGCGCAGUCUCAACAUGCUGAUCCCGCUCAUCCAGCCGCGCAAGCUGAUCCUUGUCGGGGGCACGCGCGAGGAGACGCUGGCCCUGGCGCAGGACUGUCGCGCCAUUCUCGGCGGUGACGCCGCUGCGAAUGGCAGUGGCGAGAAGGGCAGCGGCGCCGACGUGUACACGCCCGAGGUGGGCGCCAUUGUGGAUGCUAGCGUCGACACGAGCGCCUGGGUGGUCAAGCUAGCCGACUCGCUCGUCAAGAAGCUCAAGUGGCAAAACGUGCGCGGUCUAAGCAUCGUGACCGUUUCCGGGCAGCUAUUUGCCGCGGCAGCUGCCGCCGCCGCCACAGCCGACGAGGACGAGGAUGACGACGCGGCCAACAAGCGGCAAAAGACGAGCGACUCCUCCCUCGCGCUGACCACGACGACGCACGCGCUCACGACGACGGCGCGGACCUGCGGCGCGCGAUGCAAGGCGCCGGGCACGCGGCCGAGUUUCGCGGCGAGGGCAUGCUGGUCGUCGAUGGGGCGGUGGUGCGCGCUGCACGAGGUGAAGCGCGCCAUUUAUGAUAACCUCGCCGUGGUGGCGGGGGCGUAA